AUGAUGAAGUACAAUAUAGUGUUAGUGAUAGUCUCAUUUGAACUAUUAUAUGGAUGUUGGGCGGAAUUUGUGCAAAAUGGCCAGUGUGAGGAUAUUAAUGGAGUCGUAUGGACAUUAGAAGACAUCUCAGGAGAAUGGGAAUUACAUCGUCAAUUAGGAGCCGAUAUCAAGGAUUGUCCGACAAUAGAAGUCGAAGAACAAAGCGGUAACACAGCCACAAUCCUGAGUAGGGCGGUACAGAAUAAUUUUAAUGUGGAAGAAAAUGGUAUAGUAACUCCUCAAGAUAAUAAUUAUGCGACGAUACAAUGGGACAACGCUAAUGAAGAUUUGGAAGUGUUGGUUUUAAAUGUUAUAUCCAUGUUUUUUUUACUGGUCGUUACCUGUAAAACUAUAGAUGAGUCAACAAGAGCAGUAAACAUUUGGCAGUAUCAACGACUUAACAUGACGUUACAAGGUCCAGCUUUAAGUGCGAUUAAUCACACACUGCAAACACAAUUGCAAUUGACUAUCGAUGAUCUUGACUUGGUGGAUCAUAGUGAUUAUGCUUGUUACCGGUUACCAGAGAUUCUACCUGGUCAGCCUAUUAUAUUACCGUUCAAAUGCAAUGAAAAUACACCCGUUGUAUCAAACUUCGACAUCGAAAGGUUUUUAGGUCCUUGGCAUGAAAUAGCUAGUUACUACUCAGAACACGUGAUCGGUACUUGUGCUAGAACUGAAUAUACCAUCGUUGACGGUGUGGUGAACGUGCUGAACAAUUACGUAAUUAAUCAAGCUCUGGGCACUACACCUGGUAACGCAUCAGUCAUUGGCGACAAUAACAGUGGAAAGUUGAAUGUCUUCUUAGAAAUUUCACCAGAAGAAUAUUUGGAAAGAGAGAUUUGGAUUCUAGAUACGGACUACGAUUAUGCGAUCUUAUAUAGUUGUGACAAUUUGCCAGAUGAUCAAUCGAGAGUUUACAGUUGGAUAUUAAGCAGGUCAUCCACACUUUCUGUUGCUUCUCAAGAAGCAGUGGAUAGACACAUCAACUCUCAACUAGAUCUCAACAACGUUUACUACCAAGAUACACCGAGAAAUGAUGAUGACUGUUUCUAUUAUCCUGAACCAAACCCAGGAGAACCCGUUGUGUUCCGAGGACGAUGUGGUGAUGUUCCGGUCAUGGCUAAUUUCGAUUCUUCUAAAUUUUAUGGAUUGUGGCAUAAUAUAGAAUCAUAUGCAGCCAAUUUCCAAACCGGUACCUGCAGUAACGUACAUUAUACUGCCGGCCCUGGUGGAGAAAUCGGUAUAUUUAACACUCAAGUUAUUAAUCAAACUUUGGAUUCAAUUAAUGGAAUUGCUUCUGUACCUGAUCCUGAUGAGCCAGCUAAAUUCAACCUUACACUCCCCGUCGAUAAUGGCGUUAUAUCUGUAGACUAUUGGAUAUUGGACACUGAUUACGACGCUUACGCACUUGUGUAUUCCUGUAUUAAUAUCGAAGAUAAUCAAAGAUACGUGUUCAGUUGGAAAUUGAGUAAAACGAAAUCCCUGUCAGAAGAAUCACAAGAAAGAAUUAAUAAUACAGUCAAUGAAAUUUCUGUAUUGGAUCAGCAAUACUAUGAACCUGUUAAUCAGAGUGCAGAAGGAUGUUUCUAUUUCCCUGUCCCUGUGCCAGAUCAGCCUGUAGUCUUCCCUGGCCAGUGUGAUGAGAAUAUAAAUGUACCAAUUUUGGAUUUAUCAAGAUUUACUGGCAUAUGGUAUGAAGUAGAGGCUUACCCAACAAAUCUGCGACCUGGAACUUGUAUUAACCACGAAUAUACCACGGGAACAGGGAAUUCUUUGAAUCUGCAGUCAGGUCACGUUGAUGAUCGAACCUUGCACAUAGCCAACGCGACUGUGACAGCGGACCAGGAAAAUAGUGGACGAUUGACUAUAUCUAUACCAAAUGACGAAGGCGGUAUCAUAACUGUACCGUUUUGGGUAAUUAGCACCGACUACGACGACUAUGCUGUGAUAUACAGCUGUAUUAAUCUAAACGAGGAUUACAGAAGUGUUUUCAGCUGGAAAUUGAGUAGAACAAAGCAACUAUCUUCACAAGGCAAUACUGCGAUUGACAAUGCAAUUUCUAAUAUUGUUGUAUUGAGGAACGAUUACUACGAAAGGAUUGAUCAAUCAGAUGAGGCUUGCUUCUAUCUGCCUCACUUGGAGGCUGGAGAACCGAUUAUAUUACCUGGACAGUGUGAUCCAAACGUACAAGUUGUACAAGACUUUAAUACAGCUGAUUUCUUAGACCGAUGGUACCUGAUUGAAAGCUACCAUUCGGACCUCCAAACCGGCACUUGUAAUGAUGCAUCGUAUAGAUUGCUCCCUAACGGCGAUAUUCAAAUCUAUAACACACAAGUCAUUGAUGAGACACUAAACACCGUCAUUGGGACAGUAAUCCCUAUUGCUAAUGGGAAGCUACGAGUGGAGUACGAGGGAGUUGCGGAUCCUAUUGAAUAUUGGGUCUUAGACACGGAUUAUACUUCUUACGCCCUCAUUUACAGCUGUGUUAACAUUAAUACUGAUACAAGAAGAGUUUGGAGCUGGAAAUUAGGUCGCGACAGAUACCUUUCCGAUGACUCUAUAGCAUCCAUAAACCGCACAAUGGAAGGAGUGAAUGUAUUGCAUUACCGCUACUUCCAUAGUAUAAGUCAUACUUCCGACGAUUGUUUCUACUUCCCCGAAAUCACCGGUGAACCAGUGUUUUACAGAGGGCAGUGUGAUGAAACCAUAUCAGUAGUGGCAAAUUUCGAUCCAGUGCUUUACGCAGGCCGAUGGUAUUCAAUACAAAGUUAUCCAAUAGAAUUCCAAUACGGCACUUGUCUAAGUACAGAACACACAUUGGACCAAGCAUCAGGAAGCUAUGAUUUAUACUACAGUCAAAUUCACUUACAAAGACAAAAUAUAAUGAAUGCAACAGCCGCUAUAGACAGCGAUGGUACAGGCAAAUUGAAUGUCUCCUUCCCACUACCUGGAUAUAUCUAUCCGGCAGUGGAUGUCGUUAUUCCAUACUGGAUCUUGGACACUGACUACGAUAAUUACGCAUUGGUGUAUUCUUGCGACAACUUUAACAAUGAAUAUAUGCGAGUGGGAUAUUGGAGAUUAAGUAGAAACAAGACUCUGUCACCAGAAUCCAUCGCAGCCAUCGAGAGUGUCACCAAUAAUUUAAAAAUUUUGGACGAUAGAUAUUUGAUCACUUGGGGUCAUGAUGAUGAAAAUGACGAUUGUUUCUUCUACCCUGAAUUAACCGACGGUCAAGUUAUACAGGAGGGACAGUGUGCAGACAAUGAUAUAACCGUUGUAAGCGGAUUCGAUCCAAAUCAGUUCAAAGGAGUUUGGCACGAACUUGAACGGUACCCAUCGAAAAUCCAAAUUGGAGAAUGUUUAGAAAGUGACUUCAUAUUAAAUACAACGAACAGUUUUAACGUUAUCCAAAACCUUGUACGUAAUGAACGACUGAAGACUUACACCGGACAGGCUUUAGUAGCUUCAAAUGGGUCUGGAGUGAUCACUGUUGAACUUAGGGAUGAAACCGAAGAAGAAAUAAUCAAUCUGAAUUUGUACGUUCUGGACACCGAUUACACAGAAUUUGCAUUGCUCUACAGCUGCGAGAAUAUCAAUCAAGAACAAAAACAAGUGUUCAGUUGGAAACUAGGACGUCACCAGUCAGAGCUUUCUCCACAAGCAAAAGCUCGUAUCGACGAAGCAGUCACUAACAACAGAAAUCUUUGGGCCGGUUAUUACGAAGACGCAGGCCAAAACAACGACGCGUGCUUUUACUAUCCUCGAUUUAACGAGUUACCCGACUAUAUCACUUUCCGCGGCCCAUGUGACGAGAGAAUAAGAGGAAUCAGCAAUUUCGAUGUCAAUAGAUAUGCGGGAAGAUGGAUCGAAAUAGAGAAGUACCCUCAACCUUUCCAAUUUGGUACUUGCCAUCGAAGUGAAUAUGACGUAGUGAAUGGCAUAUUAGAAGUACAUAGUACUCAGGUGUCUAAUAGGACGCUAUUGUCGCUGCUUGGAUCUGCAACUGUAUCUUCUGAUGAUGGCAGUGGAAUGUUGAGUGUUACAUUCUUAAUUGAUGGUGUGGAAACAGUGGCCAACUAUUAUAUUCUCGCGACUGACUACGACAGCUAUUCUCUCGUGUACACCUGUAGCAAUAUACCUGAUGGAAGAAGACAAGUACACAGCUGGAAACUUAGCAGAACAUUUUCCUUAAGCCAACAAGCUAACAACAUUAUCGACCAGACUAUUCUAGACACUCAAGGUCUCAUAGAAGAAUAUUAUACACCAACGAGUCAAGACGAGGAGGAUUGUUUCUACGUACCAGAAGUGGAUCCAGAACGUGCGCCAGUGUUUAGAGGCCAGUGUCAAGAUAUUGUUGGACAAGAGAAUUUCAAUAUACAACAGUUCCUUGGUUGGUGGCACGAAAUCAAGAGUUAUCCGAGAGAUGGAGGUGGUGGUGAAUGCACCAGUUCACGUUACCAAAGUUCCGAUGGCCAGUUCCAACUGGUUGAUACCGGUAUAUUUGACGUCACUGCACAAAUAACUACUGGAACCGUACAGGCUAAUAGUAAUGGUCGCUUAACUAGAACAUUAAGUAACGGACAACAGCAAGAAAUUUGGGUGCUGACAACAGAUUACGAAAAUUAUGCGUUCCUGUACUCAUGUGAAAACAUCGACAAUGAACACAGACGAGUUUGGAGUGCGUUGCAUAGCCGAAAUCGUACAGUCGAACUGCCCGCGGAGGUUCAAACCGCAAUAGAAGAAUUUAUAGAGGAGAAUGAAGUACUCUACCCAAAAUUCUACCUCGAUGUUGACCAAAGUGACAACGCCUGCUUCCACUACCCUGAACAGUCCGGCCAACAAAUAAUAUUGCCUGGACAGUGCGAUGAAAAUAUCCCCGUGCAGCAGAACUUUGAAAUCGAAGAGUACACUGGAAGAUGGUAUCAAACUGAGAGAUAUCCCCAUGAAAACGAAAGAGGUACCUGUAUAGGAACCGAAUAUAACCUGGAUAUAGAAACAGGUAUCCUGACUGUCCUGAACUGGGCGGUAAUCGAUGACGAGCUAAUAACAGUCGAAGGAAAUGUCACAAUUACCACAGAUGAUGGAAGCGCGAAACUGAUAAUGGAAUUGCUAGAUGCAGAUACUAACGAAACCACAACAUUGGAACUAUACGUAUUGACAACUGACUAUGCAAAUUACUCUCUGUUGUACAGUUGUACCAACAUUGACGAAUACAACAGAGCCGUUGGCGCGUGGAAGCUGAGUCGUACACGAGUAAUGUCGCCAGAGAGUACAGAAGCCGUCAAUGCAUACAUGAGCACAAGAGAAGAACUUCACCAGCCAUACUUCAUCGAUAUCGUACAGUACGAAGACUGCGAUGAGCCCGAUUCUUCUAUAUUAAUCCAAAGCAGUAGUAUAAUGUUAAUAGUUUGCUUAGCCAUACAGAUACUAUCAUUUGUAUAA